UGCCUUCUGGGUCUCCUUCCUCGCGCUGCUGUGGCUCACGUCUGUGCUGCAGCAGCGGCAAGCAGCAGAAGCCCACAGCAGGCCCUGUAGAGACGCAGCAGCAGCAGCAGCAGUGCUGCUGCAGCUCGACCCGAAGGCCUGGCAGCAAGUACCCUCCGACGUGGUAAGUCUCGCGCUGCUGGGCCUCCGCCAGUCUGUCUCUUCGCUGCGGCUGGCAGUUGACCGCACCAGCAGCCGCUACGUGCAGCAGCAGCAGCUGUCGCUGCCCCCCAAGAGCAGUAGCAGCAGCAGCAGCAGCAGCAGCAGCAGCAGCAAAGGGGGCCGCUUGUCGGGGGCCCUAGUCUUCCCAGAGACCCUCGCGGACUUGAGGGGCCUAGACCUUUCGCAUUUGCUGCUGCAGCAGCAGCAAGACGAGCUGCCGAUAUUUGAUGCUCUAGCUUCGCUCGUGCUGCAGCAGCUGCGGCUGCAGAACGCUCUGCUGCGGCUGCUGCCAGUUGUGUCCUCUCCUGCUGCUCGCCAGGCCCAAAUCAUGUGUAUGGACAGCUUCAGCAAGCAGCGCAGCAGCUCGGGGGUGUCCGCUGGUCUGUUUGGCAGCCAGUGGCAUGCAGCAGCAGCAGCAGAGUCGGCAGCAAUGCAGCAGCUGUUGCUGGAGAUGGGAGACCCAGACAGAGCAGCAGCAGCUGCUGUUGCUGCUGCAGCCACUGCAGCAGAAGCUCUCACUGGCUGGCUCUGCGUCUUAAGUGCUCUCGGCAAGGGAUUUGGGGUUGUAGGAGCACAGGUUGCUGUGCAGCUCAGCAGGGAACUUGCUCUGUCGUGCCUGCAGCAAGAAGCAGCACAGGGAGACGUUUGCUGCUCUCUCCUUUCGCCGCUGCUGCAGGACGCGAACUUUACAAUGCGAGACUGUCUCUACCGCCUUCGGGUGUACAGGGAGCCGAUCCUCUCAGCAGCAAAAGGCUGUUCAGUGCUGGUGCAGCGGCUGCUGGAGGAGACAUUUGUGGUUUAA